AUGAGCAAUUCGCGCCACACCUUUUUUGGGCAACUCGACCACCCGCCCAAUGACAAUUGUUUCGAGUGUUAUCAGCCGUAUCCGGACGCCACACUGCCACCCAUUCUGCAACAUCAGCAACACCAUUCGACACCAUAUCUCGCCGAGCUCUCCGAGCAGACCACUCCUAUCGCUUCGCACAUGAACUUGUAUUCCCUUGAGCAGCUCGAAACUAUUUGCACAUCUCUUUUCCAAUCGAGAGAUGGUGAUCGUCUUGUGACAUUCUUCCAUCAAAUUGGCCAAUCCGAGGCAUGGAGAAGUGAGAGAAUUUUAGUUGCUUAUGCUUAUGCAUUGUAUCAUGCCAAUGAAUUUGAUACUCUUUUCAACAUCUUGUCAACAAGAACUUUCAGUCCAGAACAUUUCAAUGAUCUUCAAGAGAUUUGGCAUAAUGCCAGAUAUAAAGAGAGCCAAAUCAAACGCGGCAAAGAACUGAAUCCUGUUGAGAAGUAUCGCCUACGUCGCAAAUAUCCACCACCAAAGACAAUUUGGGACGGUGAGGAAACUGUUUAUAGUUUUAAGGAAAAUAGCAGAAAGUACCUGAAACAGUUUUACAAGCAGAACGCUUAUCCGUCGCUGGAACAGAAAAGAGAGAUUUCGAGAGUCACUGGUUUGAGAAUUAUCCAGAUUUCGAACUGGUUCAAAAAUCGGCGCCAGCGUGACAAGCCUCCUUCAAAAGGCUCGCCUGAAUCGAGUUCCAGCUCGACCGGCAACGCUUCCGAGUUCAGUCGCAUCAUCUCUCCGCACAGCUUCAACAUGGCUGCCGCGGCCGCCUACAGCAGCAUUCCGCUAAAUGUUGGCAUGUUCUAUGAUCCGAACCCCGAUCAAAAAACGUUGUGA